UUCCCGCGCGGCGCGUUUUGGCUCGGCUGGCAGCAGCCUCACGGGGCCGGGGGAGCUGCAAUUCUGCACCCCCCAACAGGUUAAAGCCCCUGGCAGGCCCGAGCCAGCGUGACCCUGUUUACCACGCCGGGGAGUUAUUUAUAGGGUGGCCCGGCUGGUGCUCUUGCUUCAGCAGUUGCGAGCGGGGCACGAGGGCCUCGGCACAGCCCUAUUUAUAACCCCGAGCCCGGCGCCGGCGGCAGUUCGCUGCCCCCCAGCCUCCGGCCCGUCUCUGCUCACCCGGGCAGCCGCCAGCCCCGCCAUGUCCCAGGAGACCUUCGCCUUCACCUCCUCGGCCCUGCGGUCCCUGCGGCUCCAGCGGGAGCUGCUGGAGCUGGAGGAGCGCCGGCGGGCCCUGGCACGGCAGUCGGCCCCGCGCCGCUACCCGCUGCCCCCCGCGCCCGCCCGCCGCCCCCCGCGCUGCCGCGACCCCGCCGUCCACAACGCCCUCUACACCGGCGACCUCCUGCGCAUCAAGAGCAUCUUCAAGGACGAGAGUGCCGCUAACCUGGUCGUGGAGACGGUCAGCGAGGAGCUGGUGUGGUCGCCCGAGCUGGGGCUGUGGGUGCUGAGCCCCCGCACCAAGCAGACGUCGCCGCUGCGCAUCGCGGCCGGCCGGGGCUACGGGGACUGCGCGCGGCACCUGCUCCUGCAGGGCGCCGAGGUGGACGCCGUGGUGGGCGGCCGGGCGGCCCUGCACGACAGCGUGGCCGGCGGCCGCCUCGACUGCGCCCGCCUGCUGCUCGCCUUCGGCGCCGACCCCAACGUGCUCUGCGAGGAGGGGCUGGCGCCGCUCCACCUCUGCACCGACCCCGAGAGCCUGCCGUGCGCGGAGCUGCUGCUGGCCCACGGCGCCCGGGUGAACCUGGGCACGCGCGAGCGGCGCCUCACGGCCCUGCACGUGGCCGCCCGCCACGGCCUGGAGGCCCACGUGGAGCUGUACCUGCGGCACGGCGCCGAGCCGGCCCGCCGCAGCCGCGAGGGCGAGACGGCCCUCAACGCCGCCUGCGCCGCCGCCGAGCGCCCCGAGGACGCCGAGCGCUACUGCCGCGUGGCCGAGCGGCUGCUGGCCGCCGGCGCCGACCCGCGGGCCGCGGGCCGCAAGGACCACACGCCGCUGCACAACGCCUGCGGCAACGGGCAGCCGCGGCUGGCGCGCCUGCUGCUGCGCCACGGGGCCGCCGCCGCCGCCCCCAACGGCGCCGGCUACACCCCCAUGGACUGCGCCCUGCACGCCGUCGACGAGUACCGCCACCAGCACCCCGAGCGCACCAUCGCCCUCCUGCUCGACCACGGCGCCGGCCCCGUCAACCCCAAGAUGCUCAAGUUCUGCUGCCGGUGCCCGCGGGCGCUGGAGGUGCUGCUCAACGCCUACGACCGGGUGCCGCCCGCCGAGGCCUGGGCCGAGGACGUGCCGCCGGAGCUGUGGCAGGAGCACGAGGCUUUCUACACCUCGGCGCUGCGCAUGGCCGCGCAGCCGCGGCGCCUGCAGCACCUGGCACGCUGCGCCGUGCGGCGGCACCUGGGCGCCCGCUGCCACGCCGCCAUCCCCAAGCUGGCCCUGCCGCCCGCCCUGCGCCGCUACCUCCAGCUGCCGCUGGAGGGGCUCAUCCGCUGAGUGCCCCCCGCCCCGGACCCCCCCCCCGGUGCCGCGGGCCCCACCUGGGUGACGGAGAGCCCCGGGGCGGCUCGUGGCGGAGACUUCGUGGGUCAGGCAGGCGGUGCGGAUCGGAGCGGCGCCCCGGGACGGACGACGGCCAUCUCUUACGGUGGGGGGGCCCUUAUGGGCUGGGGGGGCUCCGCGUGCAGCCGCUGGGCGUCAAAUAAAUGUGGUGGCAGCAGA